UUCCUGCAAUUCCCGGCAGCGGCGGAGAAACGGAAGAACUUGAACGUUCCGCGGAAACGGAAGCCUGUCCCGGGAGGGAGAUGGCGGCGCUGGUGAGAGUCGUGAUACACCGCACUAGAGAACCUCAUUGGAUUGCAUUAUGCAGUGGACUGAUACAAACAACAUUAGCUCAACAGCAGUGGGGCAGGUUGCUCCAUGGUUCUCUCCAGAGACACAACAGUGGCCAGUUACAGUUAACCAAAGUUUGCUGUGGUUUAAUACAAAGCAUCAGGAACAUCAAACAACCAAACAGAACAUUUCAUCAGACAAAGGUUUUUAGAGGUUCUGCUCAGCCAUCUGAAGAGAAAGUAGGCACUUUCACAAAGAUAAUAGAAGCAAUGGGUUUUACAGGGCCACUAAAAUAUAAAAAAUGGGUAAAUAUUUUUCUUCUUAAGAUUGUUCCUCUUCAUAAACUUGUUGCUUGUAUUGGUCUAAAUUUUGCUGGAUCACCAAAUUCAUAA